AUGGUACAUCGUCUUUAUUGGACCAGUUCACCGUACGAUCGCUCACUGCCCAGCGAAUUCAUCACAGGUCGAUCAUGUCAUUGCCUUUACAAGCCAGAUCCUCCGCGAAGUCUCGAUGAUUCCGAAUGCGACUCGUCAUCUGAAUACGCUCCCCGGUCUCCCUCAAUGCAUCGAGCUACUAUACGGCAUGAGUAUCACUCGCUGAAGUUACUUGGAACAGGAGCCUAUGGUGAGGUGCACCUAAUCCGUAACCCAUUCAAUCGCAAAUACAUUCCAAAUGAUGUUAUUGCACUUAAAGUUAUUGACCUUGAUCACAGACGAGAAGGAUCGAAGCAAAAAUUUAGAAACGAGGUAGCACUACAAAAUGCGUUAACUCCACAACGGCAUCCGAAUAUCGUUCAGUGCUUCGGAUCAAAUUAUGAAGUUGAGUUUGAACCAGCUUCAAAUUUUUUCUCGAAUAUGUCAACGGCGAUGAUGUACGAACGAUUAUCGGACAUUGAGAUUUAUUCAAAACAUCGCAGGGGGUUAGGAGUGCGAAACGCUCGCGACUAUUAUCGCCAGUUAAUGAGAGGAGUCGACUUCCUGCAUAGCAUUCACGUGGCACAUCGAGAUCUUAAGCCAGACAACUUAAUCAUAAACAGUAAUGGUCUACUGAAGAUCACCGAUUUUGGGAUGGCUACUAAAUUAGAAAUGACUUAUACUAAUGAAGAGGUUCCCCUGGAUCGUAUGUGUGGCACCCGUGACUACAUGUCACCGCAAAUGUUUCAAAAAAGAAAUACU